AUGGCGGGGAACCAACAAGACAGUCUACCGGUUGAGGUGCCGAAAGUUUUUGACAAAGUCAUCAAAGGCGUCAGUCACAAGUGGGACGACCUGGCCCGGAAACUGGGAUUUGACCGGAAUGAGAUCAAAGGCAUCGGAACCACAGAACGCAGUCCUGACGACAGGUGCAGAGAAGUGCUGGAAAGGUGGAGAAACAAGAACGGAAAGAAAGCUACUCUACAGGUUCUGGAACAGGCCCUCGAGAACAUUGAUGAAAGGCUGACAGCAGAGAGAUUAGUUGGCAAGAAAACAAGAUGGAAAAGGAAGAGGAAAAGAAAAAGAAAACAGCCCCACAAAGAAGAUUCAUCAGAAGAGUCAUCUUUGAUGGAGAAUGAUCCGCAUAAUGGACCUUCCCCCAGACACAACUAUUUCCCACCUGUAGCCAAAGCUGUUGGGUCCUCCUGGGUGAAGUUUGCAGAAGAUCAGCUGGGCCUGACUGCACUAGACAUCUACAACAUCCAACUGAGGCAGCCUUACAGCAAACAGCAGCAGGCGUUACAGGCCCUGGAGCUGUGGAGGGACAGGCAUGGCAGGAAGGCCUGUAGGGUGAAGCUGGCAGAAGCUCUCAGGAAGGGAGGGUUCCUACGUGCUGCAGAUGAACUUGACAAUGGUCACGAAGUCAAAGUAAAUGGAUUCAUCACAAAGAAGCCUGCACACAUUCCUAACCACAAACAGUGGACAGAGCCCAGUCGUAAAAAGAGGAAGACCCGGGAUUCCUGUGGCUGUUCACUUCAGAUAAAACAGGAAUCAAAACAUUCUUACCAUGGUGCAUGUGCUGAAUCAAAUGGUACCAACGGACGGAACAGAGUGGACCAGAGAGCGGGAACAAGCAGUAACGGAACACGACAUCUCAACGGGACAGAACAUGGUCAUGAGACAAACUCCACAAGCUCACGGUCAAGUCAACAACAUGAAUCGUCAAGUUCCACUAGUUCAAGUUCAACUUGUUCAAGUUCAACUAGUUCAAGUUCAACUAGUGGAGGGGAAUCAGAGUCUGAUGAAGGUCCUCCCCUCAUGCAACCAUUAAAUGUCAAACUGGAAGGAAAACAGCAGAAUGGGAAGAGCAGCAGGAAAAGGAGAAAACUUCAGAGUAGAGCCGCAAGACAGAAAAAAAGGACAAAGGUUGACCCUGAGGCAGGGGAGAUGCCUGAGUCUAUUAAAGAUGAAGCUGACAGGACUGGUUCAGCUGAUGAUAAAAGCACCAUUUAUCACACAAUUGUGGAAAAUGGUGAAAAAGUUUUUGACAACGAAACUGUUCAGGAUUAUCAUAAGUUUAAAAAAUGUGUAAAAUCCCUCCGACGAAUUGCAUCAGCUGUGCCUGAUAAUGAUGAUGAUGAUGAUGAUAACAAACCAAAGCUUACGUCUGGGGCAAAACUAAAGAUAAGGAAAAGAGUCAAUGAUAAGAUUGCAGAAGUGGCCCAGGUAAUUUUCAGAGACAGAGUACUUGAUCCAGAAAACAGACAACUAUAUCACAAAAUGGCGCAGUGCUUUGAACAAUUUCAAGCUGCACUCAGAAAAGCAGAACGAGGAUGUGUAUUUUGUUAUCUUGACUUCGCUGAUGUCGGCUGUUUCGACACGUUUUGGCGCAGCUACAGUGACGGGAGCCUGUCCGACACCCUGACCCGAGAACUGAUCACAGACGACAUGAGGGCAGCAGAGGGAGGAGCAGACUUGUACAUACAUGUCCGAGUCCUGCACUCUGCUACAGAGGAGGGAGACUUCUCAGACCAGGACCCAAGUGGCACAGCAGGCCGAGGCCCCCCACAUCCUGGUCCAUCUGGGGAACAUACAGGACAGGGUCCUCCUGCACCAGGCAGCGGUAACCAUGGUGAUGACAUGCCUCCUGGUUACCAUGGUGAUGGACCAGGUGGGCUGCAGGUGUCAGGUGGUGGUGACGUCAUCCAGGUGAAGCGGGAGCCAGUUGAACAGGUGCCGUCGUGCUGCAUGAUGGGAAAUGUGAAAUCAGAGAUAAAGGGUGAACUGGCGGGUCCACUUCUCAAGAGAGAAGAAACAGAGAUGAAGGGUGAGCUGGCGGGUCCAUUUCUCAAGAGAGAAGAAACAGAACUAGACAGACAGCUAGCCGCAGUUGCUGACAGUCUGGGUUCCAUGUGGGAGCGGCUGGCUUUAUCUCUCGGCUUCACCACUGACUACAUCCGGGACCUGACAGCCACACAGCCCCCCUCCCUCCGUCCUCGCCAGCUGAUCUGUAAUUGGAUGGAGAGGAACUUAGGUGACGUCACUCUGGAACAGUUGGUGCAGGCCCUGAGGGAUGCUGGGAUACAUGAGGUUGCAGAUGCAGCAGCUUCUGGUCAAAUUUUCCUGACAGAAGUGGAAUCUGAAGCUGCAAAAGGGAAGCCAGAUGGAGACAUGGAUACCGCCGGGCCUGAGGGUGGGGAAAGGAUACCAGAUGUCUCUGAUAGUGAAUCAGAAACAGGUGGUAGCAACAUGGAGGCAAGUAGCGUAUCUGAGGAAGAUCGAAGCACAUCUCUAGAUUCUGAAUCCCAGAACAGUACAGUCAGCCCUCCCAUAUAUCCAACAGGAGAAGACGCCUUGGCCUGGAAUGACUACAUCCAAGACUUCUUCAAGACUGAUGAAGACACGGCAAGGUCUAUCCAGAAGAGCUGGCCAAAUGCUAGCCAGGUAACAAAACUUGAUCUAACAUGUGGAAAAUAUUUUUGGUCCGAUGUUACCCCACUGCACACUAGUGAUGUCCAACUUCUACUGCAGUUCCUCCCUCAGCUGCCCAACCUGCAGGAGUUAGCACUUUGUGUCAGCUGUCAGGGGGAGGAGGAGGCUGAACACAUCAACCAGCUGUAUGGGGUGCAACACCCAUUGAAGACUCUUACGCUUAGGACAAGGGACUGGUCAUUGGACAAGAUGACGAGACUGUUGAAACUGAUAUUGAAACAGUUCCCUCUAUUAGAAGAAAUAGAUCUCAGUCACAAUCUCAGUAACAAUAACAUUAGUGAUGAGGCAGUGCCUGGUCUUACUAAAUGUAUUGGUUCAUGUCAGAACCUGAAGAAGGUGGACCUUAGCCGUAACAAGUUGUCUGACAGGGGAGACUUCUUACCUCCCCUCCCCAACUUGGAGGAGAUAGAUCUCAGUCACAAUGUCAUUAGUGAUGAGGCAGUGCCUGGUCUUGCUAAAGGUCUUAGUUCAUGUCAGAAACUGAAGAAGGUAAAUCUUGGUUUUAACAAGUUUUCUAAUGUUGGAGAACUGAUGAAACCUUUUAUCAACCUUCCCUUCCUGAGACAUGUACAUUUGUAUUACAACUCCAUCAGUGACGAGUCCCUCCCCGCCAUAGCUGCAUGGCUGAAGCUUAGCACAGCUGUGGAGGACGUCGAUCUGGGUUAUAACAUGUUCAGUGCUGAAGGGGUCCGGGACUUUGUGAGAACCAUGAAGGGCAAGGCUUACAGGUGGAAGGAUCACCUCCUGUAUGACGGCAGCCAGGCUGAUGUGAGCGAGGCUGCACUGGCAGGUGGGGAGGGUGCACGGAGGGAGGAACAGCAGUUGGAGAGGUUGGGGAGUUGGACAUAUUUGAUAAAAGUGAAGGUCAGGCAACUGAAUGUUGUGAUUAGUCAUGUGAUUAGUCAUGAAGGUCCCAGGUCAAAUAAUACACAGCUAGCAUCACCCUGA